CCUCCGUUCAGUGUAAAGCGUCAGCUUGAGCUCUGUCUUCAACUCUCUUCUCUGGUGAAUGUAAAUGAUGGAAACAUUGGUGACGUUCCUCCUCACUGGAUCUCUGAUACAAGGUGUUUUGUGUGGCUUUAAUAUCAAUCUACCAAAAAAAGUAGAAGCUCUGAAAGGAUCCUGUGUUUUCAUCCCCUGCACAUUUGAUAUUGAUCAAGAAUAUAAAGCUGACCUCACUGACAGUGCAAAGAGAAUGUGGUUUAAAGUCGGAAGAAGUAUAGCUGUGUUUGACUCCAGCAGCCCCAACACUGGACUGUUAAAAGGAGAAAUAUUUGGCACUGCUACACAGAAAAACUGCACCACAAGCUUUGAUAAUGUUGAUCAGAGUCAUGAUGGGUCAUAUUACUUCAGAAUCGAAACCAGUGGUAAAUUGAAACAUAGCUACAAUGCUACACAGUUCCAAGUUGAAAUUGCCGUAGGAUCUCCACCCAAACCUACGCUGAUUGUCUUUAAUGAUCAGCAGGAGGUGAUGAAGACGGAAGAGGUGAUUGAGGGAAGUUCAGUGAGUCUGCGCUGCUCUACUAAGAUCUUCUGUCCGUCUCGUCCACCAUCUCUCACAUGGAGCUCGUCUUUCAUCGAGAGCGUCACAGGACGACAGUAUCAGAGCCAAACUGAGCUCAUCUCUGAUCUGAACUUCACUGUUUCUCACCGUCAUCACAGAGUCACUUUCACCUGCACUGCAACACACCAGAUACAGAAGCAGAAAACAACACAGCGCUUUCGUCUGCUACGCGUUCAGUAUGCUCCUAAAAACACAUCUGUGAGGAUAAAUCCAGCUGGUUUAGUUCUGGAGGGUCGUUCAGUGACUCUGAUCUGCAGCAGUGAUGCAAACCCAGCAGUGAACUACACCUGGUACAGAGACACUGAGAGACCUCUGAAUCCAGUUCAGACCGGACCAAACCUGACCAUCAACAACACCGACCCGACACACAGCGGACGAUACUACUGUACAGCUGAGAACAAACACGGCACACAGAACUCAUCAGUGCUGCUGGACGUCCAGUAUGCACCUAAAAACACAUCUGUGAGGAUAAAUCCAGCUGGUUUAGUUCUGGAGGGUCGUUCAGUGACUCUGAUCUGCAGCAGUGAUGCAAACCCAGCAGUGAACUACACCUGGUACAGAGACACUGAGAGACCUCUGAAUCCAGUUCAGACCGGACCAAACCUGACCAUCAACAACCUCGACCCGACACACAGCGGACGAUACUACUGUACAGCUGAGAACAAACACGGCACACAGACCUCAUCAGUGCUGCUGGACGUCCAGUAUGCUCCUAAAAACACAUCGGUGAGGAUUAAUCCAGCUGGUUUAGUUCUGGAGGGUCGUUCAGUGACUCUGAUCUGCAGCAGUGAUGCAAACCCAGCAGCGAAGUACACCUGGUACAGAGACACUGAGAGACCUCUGAAUCCAGUUCAGACCGGACCAAACCUGACCGUCAACAACACCGACCCGACACACAGCGGACAAUACUACUGUACAGCUAAGAACAAACACGGCACACAGACCUCAUCAGUGCUGCUGGACGUCCAGUAUGCACCUAAAAACACAUCUGUGAGGAUAAAUCCAACUAGUUUAGUUCUGGAGGGUCGUUCAGUGACUCUGAUCUGCAGCAGUGAUGCAAACCCAGCAGUGAACUACACCUGGUACAGAGACACUGAGAGACCUCUGAAUCCAGUUCAGACCGGACCAAACCUGACCAUCAACAACACCGACCCGACACACAGCGGACGAUACUACUGUACAGCUGAGAACAAACACGGCACACAGAACUCAUCAGUGCUGCUGGACGUCCAGUAUGCUCCUAAAAACACAUCGGUGAGGAUAAAUCCAGCUGGUUUAGUUCUGGAGGGUCGUUCAGUGACUCUGAUCUGCAGCAGUGAUGCAAACCCAGCAGUGAACUACACCUGGUACAGAGACACUGAGAGACCUCUGAAUCCAGUUCAGACCGGACCAAACCUGACCAUCAACAACACCGACCCGACACACAGCGGACGAUACUACUGUACAGCUGAGAACAAACACGGCACACAGAACUCAUCAGUGCUGCUGGACGUCCAGUUUGCACCCAAUAUCUCCAUCUCUUGCAGUCGAAGCAGUGUAACGGAGUGUGUGUGUGAGGCUCAUGGGAAUCCCUGUCCUACACUAGAGUGGCGUCUGUCUGGACGUGUGCUCACUAACUCUACAGAAACCUCCAUCAGUGAGGAGACGUUAGGAAGCACAGGAGUGAAGAGCGUCCUGAACAUCCAUCAGUCCCUCACAGACACGGACGUCCUGCAGUGUUUCAGCACAAACAAAUACGGCAGCGCCAGUCAACAGUUUCAGGAUGUCUCACCGCCACAAGACACAAGUUUCCAUCAUCCGUCGGUGCUGCUCGGAGCUGCUGUCGGAGCCUCAGUGAUGAUGAUCGCGUGCUUCGUGAUGCUCUGCUAUGAACGAAGAAGGAGAGAGAAACCUUCAGAAACCAGAGAAGACGACACAUCUGGAUUCAUUCUGACUCAAACAGCCGUUUCUCUGGAUAAUGACAGUGAGUCUGUUUACACCAAUAAAGGCAUGCUGUCAUCCACCGCACCGAGUGCACCUGAAUCUCUUCAUUAUUCCUCCAUUUACUUCACAAACGCUGACCCGCCGUCAGGAGAGAUCAGGGGCCUGUCCUCGCUGACCAGUGAAUACGCUGUGGUCCGACACUGUCCUCCAGGAGACACAGACACAGAGAACAACAUCUCAACAUCUGAGACAGAGCCCAAAAAAACAGACAUGACAGCAAAGAUCACAGACACGUCCUCACCGGCAUCAGAAGACGUGAUUUAUGAAAACACGAGCCAUCGCUACAGACAGAAGGAAGCACUGGUCAGCGCAGAUGAUGCUGAAAAACAAGAAUGAACCAAAACCUUUGAAUCUUUGAGCAACAAUUUAAGAGAUCCUUCAUCUAAAAAUAACAAUUACAAACCUACAGAACUUUCUUUCAUCUGCGGAACAUUAAAGAAGUUAUUUUAAGUGUUUAUUCCUCAUCGUUUUAACAGGAUAGAUCGCCCAAAAAGACAAAUUUGCUGUUAAUGUACUCGCCCUUAGGACAUUAACAAUCAACAGUCAAGAAGGUUUUUUUAUCUGAAACCGUGGUUCUUGGUGAUUCAUAAAAUGCCAAUCUGCAGCUACAGUCAUUCAUCACUAUUUCUAUAUCUAUGAAAAGGCCAAAAAAAAAAAACAAACACAUACAGGCAACACAAAA